CUCUCUCAGGAGACGGACUGGGACAGCUGAGGCUGUGGGGAACGUGUCCGAGUGUCUGUGUUCCUCCGCAGAACAUCCAGUCUGCCGGCGACCCGACAGCAUGGAGGACGUGGAGAACCUGUUCCACCCCAGCCUGGAGAACACUCUGAUGAAGCUGGACCCCGAGGACGGCCAGCAGAUCCUGGAGUACUUCAGAACCCACGCCCUGCUGAGCCGGGAGAAAGCCCUCCUGCAGGCGUCCGUCCGAGAGCAGAAGAAGCUGCUGGUGGAGAACGCCAAGCUCAAGAAGGACAUCGAACAGCUGAGAGGGCAACUGCAGGACAACCAGCGCAGACGCAGGGCCAAAGCCCCGCCCCCUAGACGUCGAAGCCCCGCCCCCAGCAUGGCUGUCACUCAACCUGCUGCUGCAGCAACAGCCGCUGUUCCUGCAGUGUCUCCUCCUCCCUCCGCUGCAUCACAGGAGAGCAAGGAGAGGGGGGGCCGGAGGAGGAGAGCUCGCCCUGCCGCCUCAGGCCCCGCCCCUCUGGGGGCGGAGUCCCAGCCGGAAGUGACGCGGCUGGACCUGAGAGUGGGGCGGAUCCUGAGCGCACGGCGCCACCCAGUGGCGGUGAACAUGUGGGUCCAGGAAGUGGACGUUGGAGAGGCGGAGCCGCGGACUGCGGUUAGCACGUUAGCAUCCGAGCCUCAGGAGCUGGCCGGCUCUCUGGCUGUGUUGCUAUGCAACCAGAAGGCCUGUAAAUUGAGGGGCGUGGUUUCUCAGGCCCGCCUCCUCUGCUGCUCCGCCCCCUCUGAUGACACGGUGGAGCUGCUGGCCCCGCCCACCGGCUCCGCCCCUGGAGACAGGGUGACCCUCCUCGACUACCCAGGGCAGCCGGACCGGGAGCUGCCCCCCCGCCAGCGGGUCUGGGAGCGCGUCCGGAGCGAGCUGAGGGUCAACGGCCGGGGCGUGGCCUCCUACAGGGGCAGCGGGCUCCAGGUGAGGGGCAAGGGGCUGUGCAGGGCCCCCUCCCUCACCGACUGCCCCAUCCGCUGAAGACCGGCCUGCAAAUAAAG